AUGACGCUUCACCAACGCAAUCAAAGUCUCCAAGUGGAAAAGCGACGGGCAUUGCAGCAACUGCGAUCCAAAGACCAGCUCCUUGAAAAGUACAUCUUCAUGGCCCAAUUGCGUACUCGCAACAUUGCUCUAUUCUACAAGUUGGUGAUUGAGCAUCUCCAGGAACUGGCACCUGUCAUUUAUACACCUACCGUGGGCACAGCAUGUUUGGAGUACUCGAAUAUCCUACCUUACUUGGCAGAGCCUGGUGUACCUGAUGGAUUGUUUUUGAACAAAGCCGACUUGCCCAAUUUGCACAAAGUCAUCCGUGAUUACCAACCUUUUCCCAACUUUUCUCCUCAAAUUGCCGUUAUUUCGGAUGGCUCUCGUAUUCUUGGAUUGGGUGAUCUUGGAUUGAAUGGCAUGGGUAUUCCUAUUGGUAAACUACAGCUCUAUGUUGCCGGUGCUGGUAUUGAUCCUCGUCGCACCUUGCCUAUCCUCUUGGACCUUGGUACAAACAAUGAAGCCUUGCGUAAUGAUGAAUUCUAUUUGGGCCAACGUGAACCAAGACCCGAUGACAAGGAGUUUUACAGCAUCGUGGAUACAGUGUUGAAGACCCUCAAGGAUGUUUAUCCCGACAUGUUGAUUCAAUUUGAGGAUUGGUCGUCUGAGCAUGCAUUUGGAUUGUUGGAAAGAUAUCAACACAAGAUGCUUUGUUUCAAUGAUGAUAUCCAAGGCACGGGUGCUGUUAUCUUAUCGGGUAUCAUGAACGCCAUUCGACGUGUGCAAUCCGAAUCAGGUGUAAAUCCUCGCGAUCAUCGUAUUGUGUUUUAUGGUGCAGGUUCCGCAGCUAUCGGCGUCGCACGACAAAUCCAGGAAUAUUUCAUGAUCGAUCAACAUAUGCCCGAAGAUCAAGCACGGCGUUUGUUUUGGAUUGUGGAUAGUAAGGGACUUGUCACGCUGGAUCGUGGAGAUAAACUUGCCAACCACAAGGUGUACUAUGCUCGUAAGGAUAACCAAGGAAAGCAAGUCAAAGGCCUUUUGAAUGUUGUGGACUAUGUGAAACCCACCAUUUUAAUUGGUCUAUCAUCCGUGUCGGGUGCAUUUGACACGCAUGUUUUGCAACGUAUGGCGAAACUCAACAAACAACCUAUCAUUUUCCCACUUUCUAAUCCUGCCACCAAGGCCGAAUGUACUUUUGAACAAGCUAUGCAAGCCACAGACAACAGAGUCAUCUUUGCGUCAGGCACUGCAUUCCCCGCGUUUACGUUGCCAGGCAACAACAAGACGAUUUAUCCUGACCAAGGCAACAACAUGUAUAUUUUCCCAGGCUUGGGCAUGGGUGCAGCUCUUGCACGUCCUGCAAUCAUCACUUAUCGCAUGAUUUAUGUUGCUGCCAAGGCACUUGCCGAUUCACUUACUCCUCAAGAACAACAAGAAGGAUACUUAUACCCUGCUCUUAAUCGUAUUCGACAAGUAUCUGCUCAAGUCGCUGCUGCCGUCAUGAUCGAAGCUGAUUCAUCAAAGUACAAAAGCAAGGAUGCUGUGUCACGUUACGUCCAAUCACAAAUGUGGAAUCCUGACAAAGAAGAUCCCGCCAUCAUUAGCAAGAUUUAA